CUCAUCUGAGGUAGGAACGAAGGUUCCGUCGUUCAAUGUUUCUUCCGUCUGCGUGUCCUAGUGCACACACGAUUGCAAGCAAACACAUCGAUUGAAUUCAUUGAUAUAAUAUUUCCUAAUUUAAUAUCAAGAACACUGUGAUCUCCCGUUAAUUUCCGAUUGCUGAAGACUUCGGAAGGUCUGAAAGCCUGGUUAAAGUUUGCAAGAGGGCGAGGGUGAGUGGGAAACCAUGCCAACGGUGGUCCUGAUGGACGCCUCGCUCUCCAUGACACGCCCAGUGUCGCUGGAGGGCAGCGAGGAUUUCCAGAGGAAGAAUCUAGCGGUCCACGGGCUCACCAUGUUGUUUGAACACAUGGCCACUAACUACAAACUGGAGUUCACAGCAUUGGUGGCCUUCUCAUCCCUUUGGGAGCUGAUGGUGCCUUUCACCAGAGACUACAACACUCUGCAGGAAACCCUGAAUAACCUGGAGGACUACGAUAAGACAUGCCUGGAGGCCGCCCUGAACGGGGUCAGCAAUGUUGUGCAACAGGAGUGGGGAAGUGGCUGUCCUUGUCAGGUGGUGCUGGUAACAGACGGAUCGCUGGGUAUCGGCAGGGGUUCUCUGCGUCAGUCCCUGCAGACGCUGAAGCAGCGCGCGGACGACAAGAAGUUCCCCUUGCCUUUCCCCUUCCCCGCCAAGCUCUUCGUCAUGUGCAUUGCUAAUGCAGAGGAGCUCCAGGAAACAGACGCCAUGGACAACCUGGAGCAGCUGAUCGGCAUCAACGACGGAGAGGGACAGAUCUUCACCAUGGAGGGCCCCCUUUGUCUGAAGAGUGUCCAGUCCAUGUUCGGGAAGCUGAUAGACCAAGCGUACUCGCCGUUCCAUGCAGUGUUGCAUUGUGGGAACUUGUCCUCUGACGUCCAGGUGUUCCCCCGGCCGGAGCCCAUCGUCAUGGACGACGAGGUGGACCCCAUGCCCAGAAUCGUCCAAACAGACCUGGAGAUCGUUGGCUUCGUAGAGAUCGGGGACAUCGCCAGCCCUCCGGUGACCUCACGCCACCUGGUCCUGCCCACCGCUGUGAACAAGGAAGUUGAUGAGGUGGGCACAGGAAACGCUGAAGAUGCAGAAGAGGAAAGCUCAGCCAAUCAGAUGGCUGGAAAGAGCCCAAACUUCUGCGUUCUCCUGCACGGCAGUCUCAAGGUGGAGGGAAUGGUGGCCCUCGUGCAGCUGGGGCCGGACUGGUUUGGCAUGCUGUACUCCCAGGCGGACAGCAAGAAGAAGUCCAACCUGAUGAUGUCUCUGUUUGAGCCGGGCCCGGAGCCUCUGCCCUGGCUGGGGAAGAUGGCCCAACUGGGCCCCACCUCAGAUGCGGCGGAAAACCCGUACGGAGAGGAUGACAGCAAGAGUCCCUUCCCUCUUCAGCCCAAAACAAAACGCAGCUAUGGCCAGAACGUGACCGUCUGGAUCAAAGCCAGCGGCCUGCAGACAGACGUGCAGAAAAUCCUGAGAAAUGCAAGGAAGUUACCGGAGAAAACACAGACUUUCUACAAGGAGCUGAACCGGCUGCGGAAGGCUGCUCUGGCCUUCGGCUUCUGGGAGCUGCUGAAGGGCGUGGCCGAGCUCCUAGAGAGGGAGUGUACGCUGCUCCCUGACUCCGCCCACCCGGACGCCGCCUUCCAGCUGUCCCACGCCGCACAGCAGCUCAGGCUAGCCAGCACCGGGGACUCGCAGCAGGCCGCCUUCGACCACAACAUCACCCCCAUGCACACCGACUUCUCUGGGGGUGGGGAAAGGAUGUGAGAGAGAGAGAGAGAGAGAGAGAGAGAGAGAGAGAGAGAAAGAGAAAGAGAAAGAGAAAGAGGAGAGGGGCAUCUCUACCUGAGCAUGUCUAGACGAACACCCUUUACCCCAUACUUUGACUCCAUUAGUCUACCCAUGCACACCAACCUAACGGGAGGAGAGGAUAUAGGAGGAAUAGAGGAGGGGAGGAAUGGGGCAUUUCUAACUGAGCAUGCCCAGAGGAAACACCCUCUCCCCAUCCUUUGACCUGAGCAUGCCCAGUGGAAUAUUGGGACCUCAGCAUCACCCCUUGCUCACCCACUUCCCCAGCUAAGGAGCUGAGACAGGCUGUGUCUCUCUGACCUCUCGUGACCUCUUUGGGUCGAGGCGUGACCACCUUGGGCUCACUGGAGCUGCGUUGAUAUUUUCAGUUUCAUGUCAACCAGCAGUCUGAACAUUGCCUCAAACAGCAGUCUGAACAUUGCCUCAAACAGCAGUCUGAACAUUGCCUCAAACAGCAGUCUGAACAUUGCCUCAAACAGCAGUCUGAACAUUGCCCCAAACAGCAGUCUGAACAUUGCCCCAAACAGCAGUCUGAACAUUGCCCCAAUCAGCAGUCUGAACAUUGCCUCAAUCAGCAGUCUGAACAUUGCCCCAAACAGCAGUCUGAACAUUGCCCCAAACAGCAGUCUGAACAUUGCCCCAAUCAGCAGUCUGAACAUUGCCUCAAUCAGCAGUCUGAAC